CAGGAAGAAUAUCUUGGCCUCAGGCCAUUGAUAUUGCAGAUAGCGUUUUCCUUUCGCUGCAGCUCCUGCACCGUGUGUUGUUUAAACGUCUGUAGGCGCUGACCUGUCGAGAUGGCUGACAACAGAGACAAAUGCACCGACCAAAUGAAGAUGUGGAAGGAAAACAGAGGCUCUCAGAGGCCAGAUGUCCUGACCACAGGUGCUGGUCAUCCGGUCGGAGACAAGCUGAACUCACAGACUGCCGGACCCAGAGGCCCUCUGCUGGUCCAAGAUGUGGUCUUCACAGAUGAGAUGGCCCACUUUGACCGUGAACGCAUCCCAGAGAGAGUGGUGCAUGCCAAGGGGGCAGGGGCGUUUGGCUACUUUGAGGUGACCCACGACAUCACUCGGUACUGCAAGGCCAAGGUGUUUGAGCAUGUCGGCAAGACCACGCCCAUUGCUGUCCGCUUCUCCACUGUGGCUGGGGAGUCUGGGUCAGCAGACACGGUGAGAGACCCUCGAGGCUUUGCGGUAAAGUUUUACACUGAAGAGGGCAACUGGGACCUGACAGGCAACAACACCCCCAUAUUCUUCAUCAAGGACGCUCUGCUGUUCCCGUCCUUCAUCCAUUCCCAGAAGCGUAAUCCCCAAACCCACAUGAAGGACCCUGACAUGGUGUGGGACUUCUGGAGUCUGAGGCCGGAGAGUCUGCACCAGGUGUCUUUCCUGUUCAGUGACAGAGGUCUGCCUGAUGGCCACCGUCACAUGAACGGCUACGGCUCUCACACCUUCAAACUGGUCAACGCUGACGGAGAGCGUGUCUACUGCAAGUUCCACUACAAGACCGAUCAAGGCAUAAAGAAUCUGUCAGUGGAGGAGGCUGACCGCCUGGCGGCAACUAACCCAGAUUAUGCAAUCGGAGACCUUUUCAAUGCAAUUGCCAAUGGCAACUACCCGUCCUGGACCUUUUACAUCCAGGUCAUGACCUUUGAACAGGCUGAGAAGUUCAAGUUCAACCCCUUUGAUCUCACAAAGGUGUGGUCACAUAAAGAAUACCCGUUGAUCCCCGUGGGCAAAUUGGUCCUCAACAGGAACCCAGUCAACUACUUCGCAGAGGUGGAGCAGCUGGCCUUCGACCCAAGCAACAUGCCACCAGGCAUCGAGCCCAGCCCUGACAAGAUGCUGCAGGGCCGACUCUUCUCCUACCCUGACACACAUCGACACAGGCUUGGAGCCAACUACCUGCAGAUCCCUGUCAACUGCCCCUUCAGAGCCCGUGUGGCCAACUACCAGCGUGACGGUCCAAUGUGCAUGUUUGACAACCAAGGUGGAGCUCCAAACUACUACCCGAACAGCUUCAGUGCCCCAGAGACUCAGCCACAUUUUGUGGAGUCCAAGUUCAAGGUGUCUCCUGAUGUGGCCCGUUACAACAGCGACGAUGAAGAUAAUGUCACACAGGUGCGUGCCUUCUACACUCAGGUUCUGAAUGAAGAUGAACGCCAGAGACUUUGCCAGAACAUGGCAGGAGCCCUAAAGGGAGCCCAGCUCUUCAUCCAGAAACGCGUGGUGGAGAACUUGAAGGCUGUCCAUCCAGACUAUGGAAACAGGGUUCAGAACCUUCUGAAUAAGUACAAUGCAGAAGCCAAGAAGAACACAACUCCUCAUGUUUACAGCCGUCCAGGAGCCGUCGCUGCUUCGUCCAAGAUGUGAUGCCUAAAUUUCCCCCGUGGGCAGCCCCCUCAAUUAUACCUGAGCAGAUGCACUUACAUGACUACCAACCGCUACUAACAGGAGCAAGAUUAGCCUUAAGCACUGACAACUAUCAGUGGAUAUACUAAAAAACAGAUAUUGGAGGGUUAAUGCUGUGGAUAGUUACGUUUAAUUCCAAGAAGUCAGAUUUCCUCAGAAAUUCUAGCAGUAAAUCUGUGAUAAUAGAGGCAAAAAAAAACAACCAACUGUUUUAUUUUUUUGUUUUUUGUUUUUUUAAGUACUAAGGACAUCAUUGUGUCUAAUUUGGUUAGUUACUGUUUGGUUGUGGCGCUUGGCUUUAAUAGUUGCUCUUUAAUUGAGUCUUUCCAUUUCAAUUAUUAAAGCUAGCAGUAUUCAUGGGGCUUUAGAUUAUUCAUUAGAAAUUUCUUUAACCUUACUUGGUUAGUCCCUCUUUGGUUUCACCACCUGACUUUAACAACGUAAAUGCCUUAAAAACUUGAUAGCAUUAAAAUUAUUUAACCACAAAGGUUAAUCAUUUCCAAAGAUUCCUCAGACUGUCUGUACCAUUACAAUUAAACACUAUUUCUUUCUCUAGUUUAAAGAUAAAAAAUAUAUAUAUCAAUAGCCAAAUAACAUUUAUGUAAGAAAACUAUGCCGUGCCUGCAUUGAAUGUACUGAAUGCACUGGUAUCAGGCUUUAAGCUGGUGAAACACCUGGAUUUGUUCUGCAGGAGUGACUCAAUGCUUUGCUAAUGGCAGAAUUUAUCAUUUCCGUGUUGGCUAGUUUUACUGAAACCACUGAAAAUCUCAGCAUUAAUUAUGGAAACAUUUCUGGGAAUGAGAAUCCCUUUCUCACACUGACUAAUAAUCAUUAUCAGCCAUUUCCCUGUUGGUGUCUGGAUGUCAUGUAGCGAGUCUCAAGAUGUGAGGUCAACUAACACAAUCUGUGGUGCCUUUAUUGUACAAAAACUACAAUUUAAUACGAAACUUCAACCUUUAUCUGAAAUAAUCAUGUAUCAUGUUUUAUUUUAGUCGAAAUGGCUGUAGUUUUCAUUGGUUGCCAUUAACAACCUAAUUGUUAAAGAUGAUCUACUGGGAUUGGGUUUUCCAGAUAUCCUGUUGUUAAUCUGUGAAGAGACUCAAAAAAAAUAAAUAAAUAACUGCUGAAAAUAUAAUGUAUUUUUGUUCAUUCUGAAUUGUCCAUUUAACCUGCCGAUGUGCGUUUGUUGAUCUGAAUGUAACUUGUGUUUCAGAUGAGUUCUGUGAUUAGUGCCUGCAUUAAUCAGUUUGUAAUCAAAGCUUA